GGAGUGGCUUGCUCAAGAAGAAGACGCUGGUGCCGGGCCAGGGGGUGGACACGUGCCCCCGCAAGGGCCAGGAUGUGACCAUCCGCCUGAAGGCCAUGCUGGAGGAUGGCAGCGUGGUGGAGGAGAACCCUGCCCUCACCUUCACGCUGGGAGAUUGCGACGUCUUACAGGUUCUGGACCUCUGCGUGCAGCUCCUGGAAAUGGGGGAGACUGCUUUGAUCGUGUCAGAUGCAAAGUACUGCUACGGUGCUCAGGGCAGGAGCCCUGACAUCCCACCCAAUGCGGCUCUCACCCUGGAGGUGGAGCUGCUGGCGGCUCAGGACGCGCCGGACCUGGAGCUGCUCAGUGGGAAGGAGAAGAUAGAGCUGGCCAACCGCAAGCGGGAGCGCGGAAACUUCUUCUACCAGCAGGCAGAUUAUGUGCUGGCCAUCAACUCCUAUGACAUCGCCCUCAAGAUCAUCAGCUCUAGCUCGAAAGUUGAGUUCAGCCCGGACGAGGAGGCUGAGCUGCUGGACGUGAAGGUGAAAUGUCUCAACAACCUGGCAGCCUCUCAGCUUAAAUUGGACCAUUACGAGGCGGCCCUGAAGUCCUGUAACCUCGUCCUGGAGCACCAGCCGGGGAACAUCAAGGCUCUCUUCCGAAAGGGCAAGGUCCUGGCCCAGCAGGGCGAAUACAGAGAGGCCAUCCCCAUCUUAAAGGCGGCGUUGAAGCUGGAGCCUUCAAACAAGACCAUCCAUGCUGAGCUCUCCAAGCUGGUGAAGAAGCACGCGGACCAGAAGAACGUGGAGACAGAGAUGUACAGGAAGAUGCUUGGGAAUCCCAGCACCGCUGGCACGCCGGGGAAGUGCAAAGACAAGCUGCCCUGGUCCAUCCCCUGGAAGUGGCUCUUCGGUGCAACAGCCAUCGCGCUCGGCGGCGUGGCCUUGUCUGUGGUCAUUGCGGCGAGGAACUAA